AGUGAAGAACGGCUUGUGCCUCGAAAAACUGAGAAAACUGUGUAUUUUUUUUCGUAAAUACGUGUUGGAAUCGCUUUACAGUUCCACAGCCGUUCGCAAAGAUGUCGAAUCCUGUGCUGUUGCGCCACCUGAAAGGCCACCGGGGCAAACUGACGGCCGUUUCGUUCAACCCGGAAGGUUCCCGGUUUGUAACGAGUUCCGCGGACAAUUCGGCGAUCGUUUGGUCCAUCCACGAGCAGGUCCGGUGCAUGCGGUUCGAGGCCCACACGGAUGUCGUGAACGAUAUCUGCUGGUCUCCGGAUGGGCGCAUCAUCGCAUCAGCUUCGAAGGACCGCUCGGUAAAGAUAUGGAUUCCUUCGAUGCUGGGCAACUGCGAUGAGUUUCGGGGCCACACGUCGAACAUCCGUUCGGUGGAGUUUGAUGCAUCCGGCAAGAAGCUACUGACCGCCUCCGAUGACAAAACUGUGAAACUGUGGCGUGUUUCACGGAAACACUUUCUCUCGUCGUUCGUGGGCCACACCAACUGGGUCCGGUGUGCCCGGUUCUCGCCAAACGGGAAGAUGAUCGCCUCCUGCGGGGACGAUCGUACGCUAAAGUUGUUCGAUCCUGCCACCGGCCAAUGCAUUCACACGUUCGUCGACCAGAAGGGGGCCGGCUGCAAGGUAGCGUGGCACCCGGACAGUUCGCUUGUGGCCAUCGCGCUCGACAACUGCCGGGUGAAGAUCUACGACGUGAACAUCCGCAAACUGAUCCAGUACUAUCGGAUCUUUGAUGGACCAGUGAACUCGCUCGAUUUCCACCCAUCGGGCAACUAUCUGAUCACGGGCAGUGGCGAUGGAGUGACAAAGAUUAUCGAUCUGCUGGAAGGACGACAAAUAUUCACCCUCACCGGUCAUCAGGGUCCAGUGACGGCGGUCAAGUUCACGAAAGAUGGUCAACUGUUCGUCACUGGCAGUGAAGAUCGUCAUGUUAUGCUAUGGCAGGCCAACUUGGAUCAGGAAUCGGCUCAAAAUUCCCUUUACUCCAGCGAUACGAGCAACACCAGCGAAACGAUGCCACGGCCCGCAGAGGCAGGGCAACGGAAGCUCAGCUUCAACCACGAGCUCACCGAAACGCAGGCCGAUGACGAUGAAUCGAUUUUCAACAAGGAGAACCGGCCGGACACCAGCGUGCUAGUGGAUGCGACUAAAACGGAAAAUUUCAAAAUCUCAGAUGCCGUCGAGGACAUUGUCAUCAGAUUGAAUAAAUCCUCACCCAGUCGAACUCAAAACGAAGCCAACGGUCUACUUAGCCUUACCUUUACGAGCAAACCCACUCCAGCCUCUCUGGAUGCGAAGCACGGCCGAUCGGACUUUGAGAAACUAACUCUGCAACAGUUAACAUCGAUUAGCAGACGGUUGGAUAGUUUUGAGAGAAGAAUUACGCUGCUGGAGGAUAUAAUUCUUCAUCGAAAAUUACGCUAGGAG